AUGGGUGAGAAGAUGUGUCCAAUGGUUGAGGAGCCGUCCAUGGCUGAGGAGAGCAUGCUGGAACAGCGAUUGCAAGAGCUAUUGAAGCAGUUGCCGCCGCUGAUGCCUCCCCUGCAGCAGCAGCUGCCACCGCCGCCGGCCCUGCCGCUCUCAACGGUGCCGCCACUGUUGCCGCUAGUCCUGGCUGAGAUUCGCCAGCUUGUUAAGGAGGCCAGGAGCGAGAAGAUGUGUCCAAUGGUUGAGAAGCCGUCCAUGGCUGAGGAGAGCAUGCUAGGCGCUCACUGUGUAGCGAUUGGGAAUGGUAGAACAGCGAUUGCAAGAGCUAUUGAAGUAGUUGCCACCGCUGAUGCCACCCAUGCAGCAGCAGCAGCAGCAGCUGCCGCCGCCGCCGGGCCUGCCACUCUUAAUGGUGUUGCCACUGCUACCGCUAGUCCUAGCGGAGCGAUUGGGAAUGGUAGAACAGCGAUUGUAAGGGCUGUUGAAGUAGUUGCUGCCGUUGCUGCCACCCCUGCAGCAGCUGCCGUUGCUGCCACCCUUGCAGCAGCUGCCGCUGCCGCCGGGCCUGCCACUCUCAACGGUGCCGCCACUGCUGCCGCUGGUCCUGGCGGAGGUUCGCCGGCUUGUUAA